GUACGUCUAAGGUAGAAGUCGAGUUCCUUCUGGCAGCGCACAGAGAAUUAAGAGUGAACAAACAGUUGAAAUAGAGCAGCAAAAUGUCAGAUUUGAAAAAAAUGGCUAAAGUAGGCAUCGUCGGCAGCGGCUUGAUUGGACGUUCUUGGUCCAUGCUGUUCGCCUCGGUGGGUUACCAGGUGAUGCUCUAUGACAUCCUGCCGGAGCAAGUGCAGGGCGCCUUGAAGGCCACACAGAAGGAACUGGUGGAGCUGGAGGCGAAGGGUUUGCUGCGUGGCAAAUUGAAUGCGGCGCAACAAUUUAGCUGCAUUUCGGGCACCAACGACAUCAAGGAAUUGGUCAAGGGCGCCAUCUUUAUACAGGAGUGCAUCCCAGAGAAGCUGGACUGGAAGCAGGAGCUGUUCAAGAAACUUGACGAUGUGGUCGACGACAACACUAUCCUAUCCAGUUCCACCAGCACAUUCCUGCCCUCCCUGUUCACCGCCAACCUGAAGCACAAACAGAACACUGUUGUCUCCCAUCCAGUCAAUCCGCCCUACUACGUGCCGCUGGUGGAAAUUGUGCCGGCGCCGUGGACAAAGCCCGAGGUGGUGCAAAAGACGCGCGAUCUGAUGGACGAAAUCGGCCAGAAGCCCGUCACACUAUCGCGCGAGAUUGAGGGCUUCGCCCUUAAUCGCAUUCAGUAUGCGAUUCUAAACGAAACGUGGCGUCUGGUCGAGGCGGGCAUUCUCAAUGUCAAAGAUAUUGAUAGCGUGAUGAGCGAUGGCCUGGGCAUGCGUUACGCCUUCCUGGGUCCGCUGGAGACGGCGCAUCUGAACGCCGAGGGCAUGGAGAACUACUUUGAGCGCUACUCGAAAACGAUAUAUGCCGUCAGCCAAACCAUGGGCGAGACACCCAAAAUGGAGGGGCCCACGGCCGUCGAAAUUGCCAAGCAGCUGAACGAGAUGGUGCCCCUGGACAAGCUGGUGGAGCGACGCGCAUACCGAGACAACUGCUUGACACACCUCAGCAUCUUGAAGAAUAAGAUCAAYAACAACAAAUAAAAUCACUCAUUCAAUGUCAAA